AUGGCCCCGGACCUCCUCAAAUCCUCAGCAGCCCUGCAGCGAGUCACCCUUCCUCCCGUCAAGGGCGUCCAGCCCACGCAGGUGGGUUUCCAGGAGCGCGGGCCGGGGCCAGGUUCCUCCAGGGAGUGGGAAGAACAAAGGAGGAAGGCACUGCCGCCUCUGCCCCUCGGGGCGGGUGCAGGACAGGGCAGCGGAGGAGGCGGGGCCCGGGCGCGCAGACCACGCGGAGGAGGUUUGGCGGUAGGGCCCGGAGAAGGAGAGCUGGGGGCCCCCAGGCCCAGCUCAGGCCCUGGCGGGAGCCUGCUUCCAGCUCUCCGGGCGCUCGGAGGCAACAGGGCCCUGGGAGGGGGUGCAGUCCCCGCCCGGGAAGCCCGGGGCGGGGGGCUGCUGUGGCGGCCGCAGGGGGACCCCUUGGCAGAGCCACAGUCUGAGGGCGGCUUCCGUGCCUCACCCGCCCCCAGUGCCGCAGCUGUUGCUGGACACGAGGCCGAUGAUCUGUUCCAGCUUCUGGCGCAGCUUCUGCUUCCGGCAAGAGGCGUCCAGGUCCAGAGCGCGAGUCCAUCACAGACACCGCCUGAAAGCCUCGAUAACAUCCAAGAGAACAGUCUGGGAAACCGAUACAUGUUUAUCAUUGAAAGAAAGGUGGAAGUAAAGAUUUCACCCCCCCUCCCAGAGAUCACCACUGUUGAGACAGAAUUGUUCCUAGUGGCCAUCACCCAGACUCUUACCUGGAUAAAACACAAAGGCCCUCAGGGGUCCAACCAGCGGUCUCACCUUGACAACUCAACUGCCCUUGCUGUCUCCAGCCACUCUCCCCAAACCAGGCCUCGCGUUCAGGUCUCUCUGUCUUCUUCUCUGGCCGGUUCUUCUUUCCUCCCAGGGAAGCAGGCGGAGCGCCCGCCCAAGCUGAGUCACAAGGAAAGCCUCAGCUCGCCCCUCCUGCAUUCUGUGGCGACCAGACAGCCCCACGACGAGUGA